CAAUUCUCAUAAUUAUCCCUCGUCACUUUUCGCUUGUGUAACGGUUAUUCGAUACCGAAGUAAUUGUGGCGAUUCAUGAUUUCCCGCUUCAAACUUGGACUUUAUUUAAAUUUGGACGUUGAGAUAUUCUUGAGUUGUGGUUACCGAGUCUCUGAUUCGACUGGCCUUCGGGAAACUGUGCUUGCGACAGCAUUACAUCCAUUCUCCUUGUCGUGUGACCAAGGGUGAAGUGACCUAACAGAUCAUUAUUCAAUAUGACACGUCUGAAGAUGCCGCCAACUCCGGCCUCCUCUACUGAGAUCAAAGGCCAGGAUCAUUCGCACCAACUAUCUACUUUGCAAAUGUCCUUUGAACUGCCUCCGUCGGCUAUUGGAUCAAAUGCCAAGCCCCAAGCGCCUGCCGCAUCUAAGACAUCACCCGUAUCGCCAUCUACCAAGACUACCUAUCCGGUACAGCCAAGCGAGACGGUCAAGUCAAGAAGGCGCUCAUCUGCUGCGCAGAAGGAGACGUUUGCGUUGCCUCCUCCGCCAACGAGAUCCCGUAGGAUCAUCCAGAUGAAACCUCGCCCCCAAGAAGAACCAGCCGAACAGGCGGCCUUAGACAAGACGGUUACUACGAACACCGGAAAAAGUGCUGGUGGUGCCGGCUCUAAGAAGAAGCAGCCGUCGGCGACUAGCGCUGCGGGUAGAAAGAUUGCGAGGAAGACGGCACAUAGCUUGAUUGAGCGGCGGCGACGAUCGAAGAUGAAUGAAGAAUUUGCGGUGCUGAAGGGCUUGAUACCCGCCUGCACGGGCGAGAUGCACAAGCUCGCUAUUCUCCAAGCUUCGAUUGAAUAUGUGAGAUACCUUGAAGACUGUAUCUCUAAGUUGAAGGAACAACGCAAGGAUCAAUCAACAACUCCAGCUCCACCCCACUUCAAACUCCCACCAUCCAAUGAUCAAGAUGCAUAUGACAUGGAGGAGGAUAAGGAAGACGAGGAGGAGGAGGGCCAAGAAGACGUUGAAAUGACGAACUCGGAAGCGCCCUCGCCGGUCUGCGCGCAGACACCUGCUCAUUCCAAUCAAUCAUCUAUAUCGCCAGCGUUGGUGGCGCAAGAUGCACGAGGAAGGCAGCAUUCCUACUCAUCGGUGUCUACAGAAUACCGCCACUAUAGUUAUAGUGGGCCGUCUACUACUUCUCCCGCUUUCGGUCCCCAGGGAUAUCCACCACAUGUCGGGCCUGCGUCCACAUCACAUUCGACGAUUACGAGUCCUGCUUUAAGACCUCAGCAGGAGAUAGAUCAAGAGGCAUCUGCGGCCCUCCUGAUGCUCAACGUUGAUCGCAGGGGAACGUCGAGUACCGGGCCGGGCAGAGGCAUGAGUGUUAGGGAUUUGCUCAGCUCGUAAAAACAGCAUACAAGCUAUUUCCUAGAGUAAAUAACUCUGGCCGAUAAGGUGCGAUAUUGGUUGGCAUUGGGGGUUCACAUCAGUAGGGUUGGUGCGGCUGUAUGUGUUUGCAUUUGCAUUAGUGGAGGUCUGGGUCCGGGUUUAUGAACUUAUAUACAUGUCGAGAGCAAGGAAAGGCAUGACAUGGAUGAUGAGGAAGGCAGAAAGGGUUACGCUGUGUUUAGAUGCUACGGGUUUACAUUGUGAAAUAGGAUUGUCGUGCUCGCUCGAGGGUACUCAUGGAUAUACAAGGGCGUUAGAUUUAUUACCUAUGUUACCUAGGCCGCAUUGGUAUUUGAUGACUAAAAAAUGUGGAGACAAGCACUGUCUGGUAUCGAGGCAUUCUUUAAGAUUGGCCCCUGUUGUUACAUAGAGGAGUGGCAGUCAUGGGAGGAUAGAAUUGAUAUCCAGUUCAUCUGAAGUCUAUGACAAAUAUUUCAAAGAAGACUAGAACUCCCUAAUCAUGUAAACGAAACCAUCUGUGUAUGUAGGUAGGAACGGCGAUAAUCUAGAGUGG